AAAGUUCGCUCCGGAGCGGAGAGCGAGCGAGACGCGGCGCUGCAGCGGUGGCUGAAUGGGGGGAAGAACCUGUUGAUGGAGCCGGCUGCCGAAGCGCAGAGGCUGGCCGGGCAAGCCGAGACCUCUCUGGGAAGGGCCAUGGCCGAGCGAAACCCGUGCGCAGGCAUUGGCUUGUGCUGAGGCCAAGGGUGGCGGAAGAGUGCAACUGUGGGAUCUUCUGUCUCAAAGGCUGUUUUCUCUCCGGGACGCUUGAAGUCCGAGCUUCUCGAAGGACACCGCGGGGAUGAGAAAUAGGGGCCGGGCCUCAAGAUACCGUUGUCGGGGCCUCGAAAACGACACAAGUUCUUCUCAGCUGCAAGCAUCCUGGAACUCACAGACUACUUGACUUUUUGUUCCAUCCCAACGCUACCUCAGAAGUAGGACUUGAGGGCUCUGUGAUUCAGCAAGAGGACACGUCUGGGCCUGGUGGUACUGUGAGGCGUCCAGCAGUGGCAGCUGUGCUAUGAAUUGGUGUUUAUGGACUGUCUACCUCGGCCUGGUCUGCAGCAGUUUCGCUGAGGCAGGUAACGGUGAGGCACAGCCCCGCGCUGUGGUCGGCCGAGCAGGUGAGAACAUCAUUUUGGGUUGCGACCUCCUCAAGCCGGACGAAGCCAGUCCCCCCCUCUACGUCAUCGAGUGGGUGCGUUUCGGCUUCCCCCUCCCCAUUUUCAUCAAGUUUGGCCUCUACUCUCCACGCAUCGAUCCGGAGUACAUUGGUCGAGUGCGAAUCUACCAAGGUGCCUCUCUCCGGAUCGACCAACUGCGUACCGAGGACCAAGGCUGGUACGAGUGCCGGGUGCUCUUUUUGGACCGACCCAACACUGACGAUGAGUUCCAGAACGGCACCUGGAUCCACCUCACUGUCAAUUCUCCGCCUGCCUUCCAGGAGACCCCGCCAGCGUUCGUAGAAGUGCAAGACAGAGAGCCCCUCACUCUCACCUGCUCCGCAGCCGGCAACCCUCGGCCUGUCGUUACUUGGAAGAGGAACAACCAAGCCGUACGAGGUGGAGACAAAGUGCAGGUGAAGAAUGGGACUCUCAUCAUUGCCAAUGUGGAGCGGGCCAGUGCUGGGUCCUACACUUGCCAUGCCACCAGUGAGGAGGGCACCAUCACCCACACCACCCGCCUGCUGGUACAAGGGCCGCCAGUAAUCGUGGUCCCCCCUCAGAACAUCACCGUCAACCUCACACAAGAUGCCUUCUUGGCCUGCCAAGCCGAGGCCUACCCAGCCAACCUCACUUACAGCUGGUUCCUGGGGAAUACAAACGUGUUUCACCUCAGCCACCUGCAGUCCCGGAUUCGGGUCUUGGUAGACGGGAGCCUCUUGGUUCAGAGAACAACGCCUGAAGAUUCAGGACAAUAUACCUGCAUUCCCAGCAACGGGCUAAAAAGACCACCUUCUGCCUCAGCUUUCCUUACAGUUUUGUAUCCGGCCCGGGUCAGCAACAUGCCCCCGGAGACCCUCCUGCCGAUCGGGAUGCGGGGCACCAUCCGGUGCCCGAACAAGGCCAACCCUACCCUGCUCUUCAUCAACUGGACCAAAGACGGGCAACCCCUGGAUCUAGGCAAGUUCCCGGGCUGGUCCAUGAGGCUCGACGGCGCCAUCAUCAUUGCCACGUCAAAUGACGACGCCCUUGGCGUGUACACCUGCACCCCGUACAACAGCUACGGCACUGCUGGCCCAUCUCCGCCAACUCGCGUCCUCCUCAAGGAUCCUCCUGUGUUCACCCAACACCCCAAAGACGAGUAUUUCCAGGAAGUGGGCCGCGAGUUGCUCAUACCUUGUGCUGCCCGUGGUGACCCCCGGCCCGUCAUCUCUUGGACAAAGAUGGGCAGCAGAGGGCUCGCCAACGCCCAGGUGGAUCGGAACAGCACCCUAAUCCUUCGCCCCCUGACCAAGGAGCAGCAUGGCAUGUGGGAGUGCGCCGCCAAUAACGGCGUGGCCCGUGUCAGUGCCGCAACCGCUGUCUACGUCUUGGGCACCAGUCCUCACGGGGUGGCCAACGUCUCUGUGCUUCCGCUCCAGCAGGCCGUCAACAUCACCUGGGAGCCUGGCUUCGACGGGGGCUACUUCCAGAGGUUCAGCAUCUGGUACACGCCGCUGUUGAAACGCCUCAACCGCCCUCACCACGACUGGGUCUCGCUGCCGGUCCCUGCUGGAGCCUCCCAUCACCUGGUGGAGAACCUCCAAGCUGACACUGGCUACCAGUUCAGCGUUUUGGCCCAGAACAAGCUGGGCAGCGGUCCCUUCAGUGAGAUCAUCGCCGCAGUGCCGCUAGGUUUCUCCACAGACACUGUGGCCCCCGACCUCCCGACCCCCACCUUGCGGAUCUUCCUCUCCCCACCCCAGUCCCUGAUGGCGAAUGAGACCACACGGGGCGUCCUGCUCCUUUGGGACCCCCCGCUGCAGGACGCGGUGGCCCUGACUGGCUAUGCCUUGCAACUGCGGCAGGAGCAGGGUGGGUGGGAGGUCCUGGAUGGAUCCAUCCCCAGCUCUCAGAGGCAGCUCCUGGUGCCCGGACUCAUCAAGGACGCCUUCUAUGAGUUCCGCUUAGUGGCCUUCUCUGGCAGCUACAUGAGUGGUCCUAGCAAUACGGUCAACGUUUCCACAGCAGGCAUGGAGGUGUACCCUUCCCGCACCCAGCUCCAUGACCUCCUCCCCCAGCCCGUCCUGGCCGGCAUCAUCGGCGGCGUCUGCUUCCUCGGCACGGCUGUCGUCUUCAGCACCUUGGCGGCGUGCAUCAUGAAUCGCCGGCGAGCAGCCCGUCUCCGUAAACGCCGGCAGGAUACACCAAUCGUCUUCUCCCCCAACAAGAAGCUUCUGACUUCACAAAAUUCUACAGGCACUGCUAGUCCAGACAGCGUUGUGAAACUGAAAUUCCAGACCUCCCCGUACCAAAGCCUUCGCCGCACCCUGCUGUGGGGGGAGAAGGCCGGCACCAGCCUGGGACUCAGCAUCGCCGGCGCCAACGCAAGGCCCACUUCCAAAUGCACCCUGUAUGAGAGCCACGUCGGGGAGCCCCUGCCGCUGGAGCGUAUCUGCCGCGGCCCCGACGGACGUUUUGUGGUGCAGAGCGAGGCGCAGCCCCGGGAACGCUUGGCAGCCAUGAUAGAACGCUGUUCCCUGUCCCUCGCCUCCUCAGAGAGUAGCGUAAGCCAGCCGGAGCCUUACCUGCAGGUCUACUCUUCCCCAGGGCCCAAGGAACCCGUGUGGCAGAAGAGUGUGAACCUGAGGCCUAAGAACUUGAGCCAGGCCCGGAGCAACGCCAAGGCCUCCGGCUACCGCCAGGGCCGCUACUUCGACUACAGCAGCAGCAGUCCGAUGGAGGAAGCCAGGCCCUUGUGUAUCGCUAACAUCAGCCCAGUGACGACCGUGCCAUACAGGGCUGCUGAGCAACAGACGUCAGCUGACCGGGGCUUUGAGGGGCAGCCGGACACCCCCGCCACAGCCGCUUCCUCUCCCCCCUCACUGGGAAGCCCUUCCUUGCCAGCGUACUGUAGGCCUCAGGGCAGCCGAGGGAAAGCAAAUACCUCAGCUCAAAGCGGGAUCCUGCAAUACUUGAGCCUUCCCUUUUUCAAGGAGAUGAAUGUGGAUGGCGACUGGCCCCCGGAGGAGAGGGAAGGGGCGCCGCUUUCCACGCAGGCCUUUCCUGAGGCGGCAACGUCAGGCAGCUCAGAACUCACCCUGCUAGGAGACAGGGACAAAACAGCUUGUCCGGCUUAUAUGGACAUGCAAGCCAUACCGGAUUCCGCCCAGGAACAAGCUUCAGCUAAAAACCUCCUUCAGCUGCCUGACACAGACACAGGCCCAGUGAAGGCCGCCUUGCCGGGGACGUCCACCUGCCCAAGUUACCUCAGCUCUGUCGUGGAAACGCCUCAGGAGCCAGGGCGGCGGUCCCGGUCGCUCUCACCCUCCCAGCCCCUCGUGGACAGUAGCCAGACAGAGAUGGCCUACAGGGCUCUCCCCUCAGAACGAGACUGGCUGCACACCCCGGAGCUGCCCCCAGAGCCUGUGCCCCCCGAGAGACACAAAUUACCCACAGCCCUUCCCCCGCUGGUCCUCCCUGCCGAGAAGCCACUGAGGGGCAGCCUGACCAGCCAAAGCAGCGGCCGAGGCAGCGUGUCCUUCCUGAGGCCCCCCUCGCUGGCCCCGUCCUUGGGAGGCAGCUACCUCAGCUCCCCCUUUGGGGAGGUGGCCAGCUGGCAAAGCAGUUCCCCAGGAGAAGACUGCAGGCCCAAACCAUCCGUCGCUGCCGUCAGUAAAAGAAGGAACACCUCUGUGGACGAGAACUACGAAUGGGACUCAGAGUUUGCCCUGGAAUCUGACUUGCUGGACGCCCUGCAGCUCUACCGUAGCGGGAACCCCAAAAGACCCGUCUCCACCAUCGCUGCCCACGAACUGGAGAAGCAGAGUUCUAAGUCCUCCAGCGAGAGCAGCGGCUCGCCCUCCAACUCCCAGUCUGUAGGGGCCUUAGAUGGGUCGGCCUCCCCCAUGCCCAGUCCCGAGGAACGCUGCGCCGCCCUACGUGAAGAAUUCCUGGCCUACCGACGCCGACGAGAGGCCACCCAGCAACGCCGGCAGAAGCUGGGCUCCAGCCGGAAGCGUGGGGAUGAGCGAUUUGAGCAGGCCACUUUGCUGUGAGGGGGCGGAGGCCUGCCGGGGACCCACCUUUGCUGUGCUGCUGCCAUGAGAGGAUGCUAUCGCCACAGUCCCUGGGGGAAAGCCGUGGUGUCCACCUCAGUCGCUUUCUGGCUCGAGGAGGGGCAUCCCCUAAUCCAGAGCUACCAAGAAAGACUGUGCAUCCCACCCGAAGCAAUUGGUGGUUCCACAGACACUGGAGCAGGGAAGCCUGGAGAGAUGGCAGAGGGGAAAGACUGGGCUGCGCUGCCCGUAAACGAUCCUGUUCUGAUGGGAGUGGAUUUGUUUAGCUAUUGGUUGUGUGGAUUUUUUUUUUAAUUGAGGGGAAGGGACACUGUUUUAUAAACCUUGACAUUAAAAAAAACAAGUUGUGU